GGUGAUUUCCGCGUCUGAGUGCAUCUGCGUUUAUAUGGCAUGUCCUUAGACAGAUUUGGACUAUUGGAUCUCCGAGAUAUUCGUAUUUUGUUAUUUAUCUAACACUAUAUAUUCAAUAAACAGGUUAUACUCUGUGCGUCUGGACACCCAUUUUGUUACUAUCACUGAUGAUGGAUGCCUCAUCAGCAACUGGAGUUCUUCAUCCCUACUGGCCACGGGACCUUUUGAUUCCCACCUAUGUAGCCAAUGACCGACCUAUGUCAGAGAUUCUGGUGUUCCUAUUUUCUGUGUCUGGGUUGUUUCUACUUGUGACCUGGCUGAUCACCGGACAGAAAGGGACCACCGGCAGGCUCGGGGCAUGGAGACGUCUGGCUUUGUGCUGGUUUGCCGUUUGUGGUUUCAUCCACUGUGUCAUUGAGGGAUGGUUCUCACUGUAUUAUGAUAUUAUUCCUGGAGACCAGAGCUUCCUGUCACAGCUGUGGAAAGAGUACUCCAAAGGAGACAGUCGAUAUGUAAUAGCGGACAACUUCACUGUCUGUAUGGAGACUGUAACUGCGUCGUUAUGGGGACCUUUCAGCUUUUGGGCUAUCUAUGCCUUCUUAACCAGGAAGUCCUACAGAUUUGUUCUGCAACUCGUCAUCUCAUUAGGUCAGCUGUAUGGAGCAGUGCUUUACUUCUACACAGAGCACAGAGAUGGUUAUGCUCACAGUGAGUUGGGACACCCCGUCUACUUCUGGUUCUACUUUGUGUUCAUGAACGUGCUGUGGAUCAUUAUACCGCUUGUGCUCAUUGUGGAUGCAUGGAGACACCUGUCAGACGCCCAGACACACGCUGACAAACCAAAGUCGAAGAGGAACUGACAACAGGAAGAAGUGACUUUGGGUGACUGAGUUAACUUGGGAAAGCACUACGUUCAAAGAUGGAACAUAAUAGAUUAAUUAUUGUUUGGAGUUGGACAUAGUAUGGUGUGUCAUGUUGUGCCUUGAAACGUAUAACUUAAUUUUAAAGUGCAACUUGUUCCUUGUGUUUACAACAAUAAAGCUUUACAUUUUGUUCAGUAA